UUUAAGCUGCUGGAAUUCAUAAAAAUUGUUCUUGAAAGAAUAUCUUUCCUUAUGAAUUCUUAAUCAUGGCUGAGGCAUACAGUGGAUUAGAUAUAAAUCUAGAGGCUUUGGGAAAAAUAAAAAGUGUUAUGUUGAUAUCCAUUUUUGAAGUAAGCAAAAACUGGAAAGGAAAGAGUCUGAAGAGGAGGGAAGUGUGGCUGGAUACUACAAAAACAUAAUAGAAGGGAUAAAAGACUUGUCUUUUUGAGAAAAGAAGAGAAACUGUCUUUAUUACUUCAUCCUGAAUCACUGAGUAUUGAUCUUGCUUUGUUUUUCUAAAGCAGCAAUUUAGUGCAGGGCGUUACUCUUUUGAUAAAAAGGUAAAACAUUAGUGGAAUAACCUACUUAAAAAUCGGUUUAUUUUUAAAAAAAAUCAGCAGCAUGGCUUGAUGCCUUUCCUGUCGUCUCAUUCUCUGUUUAUUGCUGAUUUGACAGUCUCUAGUCCUUCUCCUUUGCUGUUAAAUGUGUGUGUCCUUUGUUUGUGCUGGUGGGUUUUGCUAUAUUUGAAUGUGAGAGAAAAGCCUGUCUUUGCCAUAUUGAUCUAAUUAGCCUUCUGGUUGAGCACGUAUACAUUAAGUAGACCUUCUAAACCAUGAAAGAAGAGAACUCACAACAACGUAGAUUUUCUUCAUGUACUGGGGUUUCACCCGUUUUAUUUCCUCCUCGAAUUGAUGGCCGAAAGCUUGUCCGGAAUGCUUCAUUUGGAGGAUACAAUGAACUUUCUCCUUCGUUGCCAGGUUUUGAAAGAGGGAAAGAAGAUAAUUCUCAAAAUAAAGAUGACUCUUCACUUUCUAUAUCAAAGAGCAAGUCUGAAUCUAAACUUUAUAAUGGCUCAGAAAAGGACAGUUCAACUUCAAGCAAGCUCACAAAAAAAGAAUCUCUUAAGGUGCAAAAGAAAAAUUACCGAGAAGAAAAGAAAAGAGCCACGAAGGAGUUGCUCAGUACCAUCACAGAUCCUUCUGUUAUUGUUAUGGCUGACUGGUUAAAGAUUCGUGGUACUUUAAAGAGCUGGACCAAGUUGUGGUGUGUGUUGAAACCUGGGGUGCUACUGAUAUAUAAAACACAAAAAAAUGGUCAGUGGGUUGGAACAGUCCUUCUGAAUGCCUGUGAAAUCAUUGAGCGUCCAUCAAAAAAAGAUGGCUUUUGUUUCAAACUUUUCCAUCCAUUGGAGCAAUCUAUUUGGGCAGUAAAGGGUCCAAAAGGUGAAGCAGUUGGGUCCAUAACUCAGCCCUUACCUAGCAGUUAUUUGAUCAUCCGAGCUACUUCAGAGUCAGAUGGAAGGUGCUGGAUGGAUGCUUUAGAGUUGGCUUUGAAAUGUUCUAGUCUUCUUAAACGCACAAUGAUCAGAGAAGGAAAGGAACAUGACUUUAGCAUUUCAUCAGAUAACACACAUGUGACAUUGUAUGGGUUAUUACGUGCAAACAAUCUCCACAGUGGUGACAACUUCCAGUUAAAUGAUAGUGAAAUUGAACGACAGCAUUUUAAGGACCAAGAUAUGUACUCUGACAAAUCUGAUAAAGAAAAUGAUCAAGAGCAUGAUGAGUCAGACAAUGAGGUGAUGGGGAAAAGUGAAGAAAGUGACACAGAUACAUCAGAAAGGCAGGAUGACUCAUACAUUGAACCUGAGCCUGUUGAGCCUUUAAAGGAGACCACCUACACAGAACAGAGCCAUGAGGAACUUGGAGAGGCAGGUGAGGCUUCUCAAACAGAAACUGUGUCUGAAGAAAACAAGAGCCUUAUCUGGACAUUGCUGAAACAGGUCCGUCCUGGCAUGGACCUGUCCAGGGUAGUUCUGCCCACUUUUAUUUUAGAACCCCGUUCUUUUCUGGAUAAACUUUCAGAUUACUACUAUCAUGCAGAUUUCCUGUCUGAGGCUGCCCUGGAAGAAAAUCCUUAUUUCCGUUUAAAGAAAGUAGUGAAAUGGUAUUUGUCAGGAUUCUAUAAAAAGCCAAAGGGACUGAAGAAACCUUACAAUCCCAUACUUGGGGAGACUUUCCGUUGUCUAUGGAUUCAUCCCAGAACAAAUAGCAAAACAUUUUAUAUUGCUGAACAGGUGUCCCACCAUCCACCAAUAUCUGCCUUUUAUGUUAGUAACCGAAAAGAUGGAUUUUGCCUUAGUGGCAGUAUCCUGGCUAAGUCCAAGUUUUAUGGAAACUCAUUAUCUGCAAUAUUAGAGGGAGAAGCACGGUUAACAUUCUUGAAUAGAGGUGAAGAUUAUGUAAUGACAAUGCCAUAUGCUCAUUGUAAAGGAAUUCUUUAUGGUACAAUGACACUGGAGCUUGGUGGAACAGUUAAUAUUACAUGUCAAAAGACUGGAUACAGUGCAAUACUUGAAUUUAAACUAAAGCCAUUUCUAGGGAGUAAUGAUUCUGUUAAUCAAAUAUCAGGGAAACUUAAAUUGGGAAAAGAAGUCCUAGCUACAUUGGAAGGCCAUUGGGAUAGUGAAGUUUUUAUUAAUGACAAAAAGACUGAUAAUUCCGAGGUUUUCUGGAAUCCAACACCUGACAUUAAGCAAUGGAGAUUAAUAAGACACACUGUAAAAUUUGAAGAGCAGGAUGAUUUUGAAUCAGAAAAGCUCUGGCAGCGAGUAACUCGAGCCAUAAAUGCCAAAGACCAAACAGAAGCUACUCAAGAGAAGUAUGUUUUGGAAGAAGCUCAAAGACAAUCUGCCAGAGAUCGGAAAACAAAAAAUGAAGAAUGGACUUGCAAGUUAUUUGAAUUUGAUCCUCUCAUAGGAGAAUGGCAUUACAAAUUUGCAGAUACCCGACCAUGGGACCCACUUAAUGAUAUGAUACAAUUUGAGAAAGAUGGUGUUAUCCAGACCAAAGUGAAACAUCGAACUCCAAUGGUUAGUGUCCCAAAAAUGAAACAUAAGCCAACCAGACAACAGAAGAAAGUAGCAAAAGGGUAUUCCUCCCCAGAGCCUGAUAUCCAAGAUUCAUCUGGUAGUGAAGCUCAAUCUGUAAAACCAAGUACACGAAGAAAGAAAGGGAUAGAACUGGGAGACAUUCAAAGUUCCAUCGAAUCUAUAAAACAAACACAGGAAGAAAUUAAAAGAAAUAUUAUGGCUCUUCGAAAUCAUUUAGUUUCAAGCACACCUGCCGCGGAUUAUUUUCUGCAACAAAAAGAAUACUUCAUCAUCAUUUUCCUCCUGAUUUUGCUUCAAGUCAUAAUAAACUUCAUGUUUAAGUAGAAGUUCUCUACAGUUGAAUCAGUGAACUAGAAAGAUCAAAUUUGGCCUGGGACCAGUGUUCAAGUUGCUUUGGUCUUUAAUUAAACAUCACAAUAUUUCUAAGACAAAAAAUCUAGGAGAAAAAUGUAGAGGUGUCUACCUUUCGUAUCUUUUAUCCUUAACCUGAAACAAGAGCUAUCCUGUUUGGUUAUUAUAGUGAGCUAUAUGUUAAGUGCCAGGACAUUUCUAGCUUUUGUGAGAAUGUGUCUACAUGUGAGUAUAUUAAAUCACAUGUAUACAUAGCUGUCUCUUAUGUACUCUUACCUGACAGUAGUCUUUGUGUUCUAUAGUAUGUUUUGAGAUAUAAUGUUAACAUUGUUCAUAACAAAAAUGUUAUCAAGCUUAAAAAUGUAUGUAUAGUAAUCUAUUUUAUUCAUUAAACAGGCACAAAAUUUUAUCAAGUAAUUAGACUGGGGAAUGAUGGAAUAAUAGACAUAAGUAAUUCAGUACACAAUACUGUUAAAAUUAUUUCCAAAGUACCCAGUUCAAUUAUCUCCUUACAAACAGCAAGAAAAAAAGUAUGAAUGGUCAAAAUUAACAUAUUUAAAGAGACAGGUGGCAAAUUUUUUAAGUUUACACAAUAUUUUUUAAUCCCUAUAAUUUAAUAUUUGUAGAUACAGGUAUAUAGUACUUGUGUGUAUAUCAAUAUAAAAAAACUGGUAUAAAACUACUAUUAAUUGUAAUACCAUAACCUUGCACACUUGCUGAAAAAGUGUGAUCAAAAUUUAUUGCUUUUCUUUUUAUGUUUUAAGUCACCUGGUCCAUAACAUAGGACCAGGCAAAUACUAGAUACAAAUACUAGACAUGUUCAUAGGGCAUAUGAAAUGCUGAUAAUUCAUGUUUUUUCUCUAGCUUUCAUUUAGAACCUAGUGUAUUCAGUGAAUAAAUAGAAUAGAAAAAAUUAGAAUUUUUAUUUUAUUUCAAAAGCCAAAAAGAAAGACAAAGGAAGGCCUGUUGUGGUGGCCUUUAAUGUGUACAUUAAAAUUGGUUUCCUUAAAAUGUGCAAUAAGUUGAGCAUCUAAGAAUACCAAUUUCUAAGUUUAAUUGUUUAUUAUUACCCUCACACCCCUGUUCUUAGUAAUUUCAUUCUGUGGCAAAACCAUAGUUCAUUAAGAUUCCUCCUUGUUCAGGCUCAGGCAGAUUUUUUUUUAAGUUUCUUUGCAUAUUUCUUCAGUUCAAUAUUUUGACUUUGUGUGUUCACAUAAAUAUUUAUAGUCCUCAAAAACAAUUUUUUCAAAGGCAGUUCAGUUUAGGAACUUGUUGUCCUAAAAUAUAUCUUAGAAUCCUAAAAGUAUAGAGUUUUAAAUGGUUAUUAAAAUGAAAAUAAAGAUCAAAACGAACAACUAUUUGGUUACAAAUAAGACAUGAAAGACACUAGUAAAAUUACAAUUUUUGUUAUGCAUAAAUAUAAAGUCAAGGGAUGAUUGCUAAAUUACAGAAAUUAAAAAUAAUAAAAUCUACUUUUUUUCCCCUAAUCAAUAAAACCAGGUAUCUUAAGUAUUAGGUUUCUGCAAAGAGCUAUUUUCCAUGUAAUGUUGGUAAAACAAUGUUGUAUUCUGUAUGUACUCAUGAAAAUAUUUUUAAAUUGAUAACAUCAUAAAUAAGAUGCACCUGUAUCCAGUAUUUUCAUGACUAUAAGAACAAGUGGAUUUGGGUUAUAUUUCAUAUUUGUUGAUAUUUUUAUAUUCAUAUUCUAUUACCAAUAUUAUGCUCAACUGCCUAUUCAUCAACAUGUAACAUUUUGUAAAUAUUGUACAAUUCGAUUUUUUAAGGUUUAAAUUAGUAUUAAUUUAUAUUAUAUAUAAUUGAUUGGCUGAUCAUGAAAGUCAUUUCAUCAUUUAAACCUGAAAACUUAAAAAUUGUUGUUGGUGACCUGCCUUAGGGUCUUAUCCACUUGCAUGUUAUUUUCAUUUGGUCUAAAUAUUGUUUUAUUUGUAUAUCUUCUAAGACUGGAAAGGUAACUAUUUUAUUUUUUUAAUUUCUCUUUAGGGCAGAUAUUGUGAGUUCAUACCCAAGGAGUCAAAAAUUAAAGAACAGGGUUAUUCAUGACUGUUUCUUAUAUACUAAAAGCAUAUAUCUAAUCUAAUUGUCCUGUUAUGCUUUUAGUUCUGUGAGUUCCUUUCUAUGAACUGAACACAAAACUCAGGAAUUGGUGGCUUAAUUUUAGAUCAGUACUUAUACUAGACUUAGUAUGUGAAUUCUUUAAACUCCAUAAUUUACUCUGUAUUUAGCCAUAAUAUGUAAUUGACUUUGAAUGUUCUUACCUAAGAGUACUCUUUCUUCACACAUGAAUUCAUGGAUUUAGUUUGCAAUUGUCUGAGAGGCUCAUGAUGAUUUCCAGGAUAUAUGACUUUAUAACCAGUUUUAUUAUCAAAAAUUUUCUCAAAUGAAAUUUAGAUAAGUAAUAAUUAUUGACAUACACAUUUUUAGUUGUUAAAUGUACUAUAUCUUCAGCUAUCUACCAUUUAGUGACAUGUUGUUGGGUAGGAAAAGACACAAAACAGGGCAUGUGAAAUGUUGUUACAGUAGAUAUUUUACUUAUAUUUCAUAUCAGCACUUUUUUUGUAUCACUUAUAAAGGUACAGUGUAAUCUUUGUUACAGCUCAGUUGACAACUGCAUUCCAUUGAAAAGUUGGCCUUGUAAAAUACAAUCCUCAUUUAAUAUUCAUGCUUUUGUGCCUUUAAGAAAAUAUUUUUUGUCAUUUUUGUGUUACAGAACUAUUAUAUGAUUCAAAGUGUUUAUAGGCUUACUUGUCAUAAAAGGGUCAUUUUCUGUCAUUUUAUUUCCUUUUUAUAUAGGUGAAGUAUAUUUAAACAGUAAUGCUGUACUUUUAUAAGGGUUUGUCUACUUAACUAUUUCAAAAUAUUCUUAUUCUCAGACAUCACUGAAGUAGACUUGUCAGAUUAUUCUGAGUAGAAAACAGUGCCUUUUUGAUGGAAUUCACACUGUUGGGUAUCAACUUGUGCCAUAUACACAGAAUUUUGUGGAAGGCAGUUUUAACUUUUUGAAGAAUAUCUUAGUCUAAAUUUAAGAAAAUGUAUAAAAUUCCAUUUUUUCCAAUGCUUAUCAUAUCUAAUGGGCAAUGAAGUUUUGUUCUUUUGUUGAAAUACAGUGAUGACACUACUGAUGAGCCAUACAUGAGACACAGAUUGUUUUGAAUUAUGUUAAAUAUAUAGAAAUAAAAUAUUAGCAUUGAUGUCAGUUUUUCCAAUUUGAACUAAUGGGAGAAUUCCCACAAAAAUCAGUGAGUUUACAAUUCAACAUCUGUUGUAUUUGACUAAGUGUAAGAGAUUCUUUAAAUUGUAUAACCUGCCACUAUUAUGUAAUUUGUCUUCAUUUUAUUCUACCUAUUGUCUGAGUUUAACAUAUUUAAUUUACUUUUUGUUACUCUUAACAUACUAUUUUGUUACAGUUUUUAACUGAAGGUGGACUGUUAAAAUUGUAUAGGACCAGUGUCUUAUUAAUGUGAUUAACAUAUUUAGAAAAGCCACAAGAAACCCAUGACAAAAAUGAAUGUGAAUAUGCUUUCUAAAAUAUUUGGGAAAAUUUCUUUCUGCAUUUAUCAUGAAAAAUUAUUUUAGUAUUACAAUAUUGAAAUUCUUCAUUUAAAGAAAAAUGCCAUGAAACAUUUGAACUGAUAGGCCACAAAAUUUAGGGUUUUUUCCACUUUUUAGCAUGGUAAAUGUACAUUUAAGUUAAAAAUCCUGUUUUAUGGCCAUUUAUAAAUUUAAGCACUACCACUGGUCAGUUUUGUAUGAUAGAAUAACAGUAUGUUAUCUGCAGUGUAAGUAUAGCACACUGUCAAAUUCUUUUCCUUAAGGUGCAUAGUAAAUGUACAGAUAGUCUUAGGCUACCGUUUUGUAAUGUAUUACAUUUCUAAUCUAUUAUUCCUAACCUGUUAUACAUGUUUGCUGAGAGAAAAGAAUUGAAUUUUUCUAAUGAUCUGUAAAAUUAUGCUAACUUCUACAAGUAGGUAUUCUAAAUAAAAUUUUUAAAAAGAGCAAA